AUGCGAGUAGACGCACUGCCUGCUCUCGAAAGGGACACACUGCACCCCCUCAGGGCCCACCAACUGCCGUCCACCGGCAAGAAAAAAGCGGCUGCGCCCCGCAAGAAGACAAAGACGACGGCCGCUGCUGGCAAAGUAACAGCAGGGGCUAAGAAGACAGCGACGACGACGACGAAGAAGAAGGCGCUAGCCAAGGGAAAGCCGAAAGCAAACGCUCUCGAGAGCAGCGACGCCGAGUCGGACCCUGCGAGCGACGACGGCGGGUCCGUGUACGACGUGGACGCCAGUGGCGACGAAGCUGGUGCUGCGACGGAGGACACUGCGGGCGCUGCAGCCAAGCAGAGCGUUGAGCAGAUUUACCAGAAAAAGUCGCAGCUCGAGCACAUUUUGCUGCGGCCGGACACGUACGUGGGCUCGAUCGAGCCCGUGGAGCAGACCAUGUGGGUGUUUGACGACGAGAAGAAGCGGAUGGUCAUGAAGAAGAUUACGUACGUCCCGGGUCUCUACAAGAUCUUUGACGAGAUCAUUGUCAACGCGUGCGACAACAAGCAGCGCGACAAGUCGAUGAACACGCUCAAAGUGACGAUCGACGACGAGAAGAACGAGAUCUCGGUCUGGAACAAUGGCAAAGGCAUUCCCAUUGUGCUGCACAAAGAGCACAAAGUCUACGUGCCGGAACUGAUCUUUGGCCACUUGCUCACGGGCAGCAACUUUGACGACAAGAAGAAAAAGACAACGGGUGGACGGAAUGGCUACGGCGCGAAACUUGCCAACAUUUUCUCGAACGAGUUUGUUGUUGAGACCGCCGACUCGAGUACGAAACAGCGGUAUCGACAAGUGUUUGAGAGCAACAUGAGCAAGAAGAACCCACCUUCAAUCACGAAGUGGGCUCAGAAGGAUUUCACGUGCAUCUCGUUCAAGCCGGACUUGGAACGGUUCAAACUCAACUUUCUCAAUAGCGACAUUGUCUCGCUGUUCAAAAAGCGAGUGUACGAUGUAGCAGGUGUCUCUGGCAAGGGACUCAACGUCUUCCUCAAUGGCGAAAAGAUCCCGAUCAAAUCGUUUCCGCAGUACGUCGCGCUCUACCCGGGACCCCGUGGGUUCGAGGCUGAAAGAGACACCACGAACGAGGGGGAGGACGAUGCUCUUCCGGAAGAAGAUGGGGCUGGUGAUGACGAUGAAGAGUACAGUGAAGAAAAGUCGAAAGUGGCAAAGGCCGCCAAAGCCAAGCCGUCAAACAUUACACAGAACGGCGUUAUAUUUGAAAAGCCAGACGAACGUUGGCAGGUCGGGGUAGGCAUGAGCGAAGACGGUUUCCAGCAAGUGAGCUUCGUCAACGGCAUUUGUACCACAAAGGGUGGUCAGCACGUGAACUACAUCGUAGAUCAAAUUGCAACCAAACUUGUCAGUGUGCUGAAAAAGAAAAACAAGGGGGAUGCCGUGAAGCCCAAUUACAUCAAGAAUCACAUAUUCGUCUAUGUGAGCGCGCUCAUCGAGAACCCCGCUUUUGACUCUCAGACGAAAGAGACACUGACGACAAGAGCCAACGGCUUUGGAUCAACAUUCAGCUUGAGCGACAAAUUCUUGAAGCAAGUGGAAAAGAGUGGACUGGUAGAAAAGAUUCUGUCUUUCGCCGCAUUCAAGCAGACAGCAGAGCUGCGUCGGAAAGGCGGCAAUCAUGGAAAACGAUCGCGACUGACGGGCAUCCCUAAAUUAGACGACGCCAAUCAUGCAGGAACAGCGAAAAGCAAGGACUGCACACUGAUUGUGACGGAAGGAGAUUCGGCCAAAACUGUUGCUGUUGGUGGCCUUGCUGUCGUUGGCAGAGAUUACUACGGUGUGUUCCCGUUGAGGGGUAAGAUGUUGAACGUCCGUGAAGCAAGUCAUACUCAGAUUUUGAAGAACGAAGAGAUCCAGAACGUGGUCAAGAUCCUCGGUCUCAAGUAUGGCCAGACGUAUGAGUCCACGAAGGGCUUGCGGUAUGGCCACUUGAUGAUCAUGGCAGAUCAGGAUCACGAUGGCAGCCACAUUAAGGGUCUCGUGAUCAAUCUUAUUCACCACUUCUGGCCGUCGCUGCUGCUCAUAGAUGACUUUUUGCAAGAGUUCAUCACCCCGAUCGUAAAGUGCAGCAAAGGGCGAACGAAGGAGGUAUUCUACACGAUGCCUGAGUACGAAGGUUGGCGCGAACGGACGAACCAAGGACGUGGCUGGAUCAUCAAGUACUAUAAGGGUUUGGGUACGAGUACGGCAGCUGAGACGAAGGAGUACUUUUCUGAUCUACCGACCCACCAGAUCGGGUUCAUUUACGAUGGAGAGGGCGACGCGGACGUAAUUGAUAUGGCGUUCUCGAAGAAGCGUGUCGAAGACCGCAAGGACUGGCUGCGUGGCUACGAACCCGGGACUCACGUCGACUACGACGUUGAUGCCAUGGGCUACACAGAGUUCGUCAACAAAGAGCUCAUACUGUUCUCCAUGGCAGACAACAUUCGCUCAAUUCCGAGUGUCCUCGAUGGGUUCAAGCCCUCACAGCGAAAAGUGCUCUUCUGCUGCUUCAAGCGUAAUCUUCGUUCGGAGCUCAAGGUUGCACAAUUAGCAGGAUACGUAUCCGAGCAUUCUGCGUACCACCACGGCGAGCAAAGUUUGCAAGGCUGUAUCGUGAACAUGGCACAGGAUUUUGUCGGAAGCAACAACAUCCACCUUCUGUCGCCAAUCGGUCAGUUUGGUACGCGUUUGAUGGGCGGCAAAGAUGCCGCAAGUUCUCGUUACAUUUUCACCAAUUUGGAGCGACUUACCCGAAAAAUCUACGACCCUUUGGACAAUGAUGUGCUCAAGUACUUGGACGAAGACGGUCAAUCGAUCGAGCCAGAGUGGUACAUUCCGAUCAUCCCCAUGGUACUCGUCAACGGCACGGACGGCAUCGGAACGGGUUGGUCCAGUUCUGUGCCGACCUACAACCCACUAGACAUCAUCAAGAGUCUACGAAAGAUGAUCAACGGAGAAGAAGUCGCUCCUCUCGUUCCGUGGUACCGUGGCUUCACUGGUCACAUCGUGGAGAAGACCAACUCGCGUGGAACGGAUACCGGCAAUUACAUUGUCCAGGGCCUGUACGAGAUAAUAGAUGACUCCACGCUCGUGAUCUCAGAGCUGCCCGUCAAGAUGUGGACCCAAACGUACAAGCAGUUUCUGGAAGGGCUGCUUGAAGCGGGCACGAUCAAGGAUUUUAAGGAGAAUCACACUGACGUGAAGGUGUUGUUUACGAUCACGAUGGAGCCCAAGACACUAAGCGACAUUGCCAAGGCGCCAGGAGGAAUUGUGAAGAAGUUUAAGCUUGAGUCAUCUUUGUCAACGUCAAACAUGCAUCUUUUCGACAGAGAUGGGCACAUCAAGAAGUACGAGAGUCCCAAGGAGAUCAUGGACGAGUUUUACACCGUCCGCUUGGAGUAUUAUGACCGCAGGAAGAAGUCGAUGCUACAGAAACUACAGGACCAGAUCAAACUUCUGUCGAAUAAGGCUCGUUUCGUUCUAGCAGUAGUGGAAGGCAAUCUGGUCGUGAACAACAGAAAGAAACAAGCGCUGCUCGAAGAAUUAGUGGCAGAAGGAUACGAUCAGAUUACGGCAAAGUCAAAGUCGAAGAAGAAAAACGACAGCGACGAUCCAAACGAGUCUGAGGAGGAGGAUGACAACUUGGCUGAUGUCAGCCGAGGCUACGACUACUUGUUGUCGAUGAAGAUCUGGAGCUUGACGAAGGAACGCGUGGACAAGCUGCGUCGCGAACUUCAGGACUGCGAGAAUGAGUACGCUGUCCUGGAAGGCAGAACGGUAGAGAAUCUGUGGCUCACAGACCUUGACGCGCUGGAGGAAAUGUUGAUCGAGACAGAGAAAGAACGGGAAAAGAUUUUGGCGCAUACGUUCAAGAAAAAUGGUGGCAAGAAAGGUAAGAAAGCUGCGACGAAGAAGAGAAGGCGAAAGAACAACGAUGACAGCGAUGACGAAGACGCCGAUGACGACUCUGACUUUGAAGUCGAGGGGGCGAAAAAGCCUCGCACGAAGGCCAAGCCGAAGACUGUAGCAAAGCGGCCAGUCAAGAAGGAGUCCGCCGUGAACAAGGCUGGCGGGGCAAGUAAGGCCAAAUCGAACGACAAGGGGCCGCAAUCAGGUACCAUAACCACGUUUCUCCAAUCAAAGGAACCACCAGCAACUGUAAAACGUGAAGAAGAGGUCGAAGAGCUCUCGCUGGCCGAGCGGCUUGCUCGAAGGCUUAAGGCUUCUCCCCAGAAGGUAGCGUCUGCUUCCACAUCGACAUCGAAGACAAAACGCUCAACCAAGUCUGGCGCGGCAAUCGAUUUGGCGGAAUCCGACGAUGACAAGACUGCUCCCGUAGAGUGUGAAGAUGACGUCUUUGCCAUGGAGUCGGAUGAUGCAGGAAAGGAGAUUGCAGAAAAGUCCACCGCAAAGCCGAAAGCUUCUGCGCGUAAAUCAGCUACUGAGAAGAAACCAGCUGCGAAACCGAAGAAGGCCGCGCCGGUCAAGAAGGCUGCGUCCGCCAAAAACAAGUCGAAAAAGUCGCCGCUUGAAGAAGACAGCGAGGAUAGUGACGGUGCAGCCGGCAACGACGUAGCUGAGGCUUCGCCAAUAGCUCCUCGUCCAAAGCGCGCCGCCCGCGCGCGCAAGCCCGUCGUGUAUGACGAAAUAUCGAGUGACGAGGGCGACGACGAGGAUGGAAACAAUGACGCGGAAGAGAGUUUCGCACUGGAGGAUGCUGACGACAGCGAUUUCGAGUAG